GUUUCGAUCUUGUAAUUACCUGGCGCACAACUUCGUUGAUCCAGUGCCAAAGACAACAGAUCACACUGAUUUUGUGAUUGUUUAUUCAUUCGAAAUAAAAUAGGAGCUUGUAACACGGCAAAAUGGAAAACCCAAUCGUCAUCUUCUUCCUCCUCCUUUGGACUAUCGCCAAGAUUUGUUUCUACAAUUUUGUUGGUUUCAUCGACAACAUCAUCCCUGGAUCGUGGAAACCACAGAAGGAUGUCAGCAAGGAGAUUGUGCUGGUUACCGGAGGAGGGAUGGGCAUCGGGCGACUGAUGAGCCUCACGUUUGCAAAGCUUGGCGCCACUGUCAUCAUUUGGGACAUCAAUAAGGAAACUGCACAAGGCGUGGUCAAAGAAAUUAGAGAAGCAGGGGGCAAAGCCUACAGCUACGUGGUGGACUGCUGUGACAACGAGGCCGUCUACAGGACCGCAGACAAAGUGAGGGAAGAUAUCGGUCAUGUGACUAUCCUCAUCAACAACGCAGGCAUCGUUUCGGGGAAAAAGUUGCUCCAGUGUCCAGAUAGCCUCAUCAAGAAAACCAUGGAUCUCAACAUCAAUGCUCACUUCUGGACGCUGAAAGCCUUCAUGCCCCACAUGUUGGAGAAGAACCACGGUCACAUCGUAACCAUCGCUUCCCUGGCUGGGCACCUUGGCGUGAGCGGUCUGGUGGACUACUGCGCCAGUAAGUUUGCCGCUGUCGGACUGGACGAUGCCCUCUACCAUGAGCUGCAGUACAGUGGCAAGACGGGCGUCAAAUGCACGGUGGUGUGCCCCUUCUACAUCAAGACAGGCAUGUUUGACGGCGUCAAGGCAAAACGAUCCAUCAUGAUAGACUUAAUGGAGCCAGAAUACGCUGUGGAGCAGAUUAUCCUUGCCAUCAGGACAAACCAGAGGGUUCUCAUCCUGCCAAAGAGCCUCUACUUCUUUCCUGGUCUCAAAAACCUAUGGCAUCCAAAGGCAGUCCAGGCAGCCUACGAUAUGAAUGGAAUCCAAGAUAUGAUGAAUACAUUUACUGGACGGACCAAGGAAGAUUAACUCAUCCACUGCUGUUUAUGAGAGAUAAGUUGGGCAUAUCCACAAUAAUAGGGUAUAAAAAAGUCAUGGUGAUGUGCACUAAAACUUUCAGUCUCUUUCUUCCUGUUUGUACCUGUCUUUAGCAUAAUCGUGUUUCUAUAAUUGAUUAUCAUGUAUCAUACCCACUUAAAAAGUUAUGAUUCUUUUUUGCAUUGUACAUGUAACUGUUAAGCAAUAAAUUCAUUUGAAACACAAUGAUACCUGUGAAAAACAUAUCUCUGAAUGGAUAAAGAUAAAUUUCACUCUCCAUUUCAACUAAACCUGGAGAAAAUUGACCCCCACCCUCUUGUGCAAUCUGUCUGUCAAGAAGGCCAUUGUAUUCUAUGUAUUGCAUUCUAUUCUAAGUUUUGAAGCAUGCAUAAUUUGAAGAGGAAAAAGAAAUCCCUGCACAAAUUCCCUAUAGAAUGUCAAUAUGCAAAUGUUCUGUCCUGUUACCAAUGCUAUUUGAAACUGAAAGUACUUAAGAAAGAAGUGUCAAGUACCAAGUUUUGCAAAAUUUAUCUAGUUUUGUAAAGCUAUGCAGAAUAAUAUAAUGUUCUUUGGUGAUAUUAAGAAGUUAUCCAAGCUAUCUGUUUUUUAGAUGCACAUUGAAGUGAUACUACAAUUUCCCCAAAAUUUCCCUUUACGUGGAUAUGCCUGCAUUAUGUUAUCCCAUGUAUUUGUGUUUUCAAGCUACUGUUUCUGUUUUUGUAUAAAGGAGAUCAUGUAAUCAGGGUUCUAUACCCUGAGACAUAAAUUUGUCUGAUUCUGUAUCAUUCCAUUAUCUAAAUACCUCAGAAUAUGAAACGUGAACUAAUGUUAAACAAAAUUGCAAUGUAUACUAAUAUAUUUGAUAUAUUACUAAAAUAUAAUGAUUUGAACCAUUGAGUGCCAAGUCGUGAGCUCUCUAUUCUGUACAAAUUACUUUCAUUCUUUCAUUAUGUAACAAAAUGAAUAAAAGAAAGGAUUGUUGAAAUGAAAAU